CAUGGUGAGGGUGUAAACAAGUCACUAAUACUAAAAAAGCUAACUUUCAGUCUACUUCCCUCAGUAACAGCAUUUACACCAAAGAGUAUUGCUGUCAUCUUCAUAUGGCAGCACCCAGAUGUGGUGCAUUCACUGACUGGAGAAAGAUCUGGUUUUGUUUACAACUUGGUCACAAGGGACUAAAGAUGAAAGUCAAGCAGUUCUAGCUAUGCCAAUACUACUUGGCCGGGUCAUUUAGCACAACAGUUAAUAAAUCCUAUAGUUUUGUUUUUAACCUGCAGCUGAAACACAAUUAAGGUGGGUUUGAAGUCAUUCCCAGAUCUGAACUUUAACUUCUGAAGUAUUUUAAAGGAAGAAUACAAUACAUGUGAGAAAAAAGCUCUCUUGGAGGCGACCUGCUGUUCUGGUGGCUCCAACUAUUGGCUUAGUUUGCUCAUGCCUUGGACUGACUGACUUUGCUUUAAAACACCAAUUAACUGCAGUUUUGGGCAAUGAUCAGGUUUUUUGUAUUCAUUUCUGGCCAAAUGAGAAGCAUAUUGCUACAAUGCUCUAAAAUACUGGUGUAUCUUGGAGUUUGUUUAAAAAACACUUUCUAAAUAUUCUUCAAAUUCAUGUUCUUCCUCACAGAGCAACACUAUAGAAUGUCACCAUCCAUGAUUCAAAAAGAACUGCUUCUGUCAACCAGCAUCAGUGUCUGUGCUGUGACCCCUGACUCAUAACCUACAGCUCAUAACCUACUGCCUGCUGCACCAAGCCCAUCAUCUUUACUCACCGGGUGGUUGGAGCGCACAGCAGUCGAACGCUGUCACAGAAGCACACAUUCGGUGGAAGGAAUUACAUGAUUCAGGGUCUCAAUUACAGUAGCUGCUCAGCAUCUCGAUGGACGUGUUUAUAAGGAAAUCGAUAGCAAAGCUGGAGGCACUGGGAUUUGGCUCUGAAGUUCAGUCACACAGACCUGAGAAGCAGCCAAGUCUUUCAGUUGACAGAGGAAGGAAACGUCUCCACCAAGAUGACCAUCUCUGUGUGACAGUCCCUCCUCCACACAGAUCCCGUUCCUCUCUGGCUCACAGCCUCACAAAUCAGGCAGGUUUAGUAAAGAAAAUGACUACUCAAAACGGUUAAAAUACUGUUUAUUUAUUUUAUAUGUGUUAUGUUUAGGUUUGCUCAAAAUGGAAAUGAGGUGCCUAUCAAAUGUUGGACAUUUAAGGCUUUGCGGAAAAAACAUAAUGGUGGAUGUCCUGCUGCUGGGUGUGUCUGUGCUUCUUCUCCAUGUUGCUGCACUUGAAGAGCCCAUCGUGUCCUUGUGGCCUAAAGGUUCAGAAAUCUACCUCCGAGAGAGUGUCUUGCUGCUGUGCAGAGUAAAGUCAAACUCCACUUUUGUUUGGAACUACCAGUGGUACAGGAAUAAACCGCACACUGCUUUAACCCCAAACCCCAGGCACAUAGUCUCUGGUGACAGCUACUCAAUCUCUGCAGUAACGAUGGAGGAUGAGGGCAUCUACUGGUGCAAAGCAGAGCAGAGGGGGAACAACACCACCAUAGAGGGGUGGGUCACGCUCAAUGUGUCAGAGCUGACCCCUCCCUCAUUAACUCUGACUCCCAGCAGCAGACAGGUGUUCAGUGGGGAACGUUUCACCGUGCAGUGCCCUGCAUCUCAGAACAACUCCACAGGCUGGAAGCUGAGGCAUUUCUUUCCUGGAAAAUCAGACAGGACCAAAUUCCAUCAAAGACAGAAGUGCUUACCACCAGGAGGUGCUGUUGGUGCAAAUGAGUCUGGUAAAUGUGUCUUAAUUGCUGACCAGGAGAACAGCGGAUUGUACUGGUGUGAAGGCGGUGGGGGUCGAAGCAGUUCAGUCAACAUUACAGUAAGCGAUGGGGAAAUCAUCUUGAAGACUCCAGCUUUUCCUGUAUCUGAGGGGGACAAAGUGGUCUUAAACUGUCAGCAUAGAACAGGCAACCUACAUAAGGCAACCCUGUUUAAGAACGGAACACCAGUCAACCCUUCAAUGUCCUCCUGGAUUAUUGCAGCGGUCGCAACAAAAGAUGAAGGCUUUUAUAAAUGUGUUUCCCAGGACAGAAAGAUCGAGAGCCCUGAGGGUUGGCUGUCAGUGACACAGAGAGAAGGUAACUUUACAUCAAAAGAUGGGACAGCAUCUUCCACAAAUGAUGCAUGGAAAUGGAUUGUUACAUCAUGCUGUGUUGUGCUUCUGUUCCUGAUUCCUCUAAUUUGGCUCAUUCAGCGCAACAGGUACCGGAUGUUUUGCACUCGGAGCUGCUGGCCACUUUCUAAAGAGAACAUCCCAGCAGUGCCGCCUCCUGCGACCAAACAGGAUGUAACCGAGGUGCAGUGGGACCUGUCCUGGAUGGAGAUGUCUAAUCUGCUGGAUAAGCAGCUAUAUCCUGGCACAUAGAGGGAGGUUAUGAACAACAGCUAGUUCAUUCAGUGUGAUAACCAGUCAUACUAUCCAGUCACACAAGUUAAUACCACAGAAGAAACGGUCUAGUUUGGAUGCAGUUUAUGACAGACAUAGGCAUGGAAAUAAUUUAGCUUGAAAGGAACUGGCACAUCUACAUCAAGGAUCAGAAGACACAAGUGGUUCUAUCUCAAGUGGAGCAUAGAACCACAUAACAUAGAUACAUACCUACAUACAUAAAGGUUUUAAAGUAAAUCUACACUACAAAAUGUGCACACAAAUAGAAAAAAAACUGAUAAAUCAAAAGUUAUUUUGUGCUUUUGGAAUAUUCCUUUCACUUUCUUUUUGUCAUUGGAAUGGACUAAACCUUUCUGAAGCUGUCUUAGGCACAGCGUCACUCCCCAACCUUUGCUGUAUUCAAACAAGCUCAAAACCUUGAAAACAAAUGUGAAGAAAAACCUUGAUCUGAGCAGACUUUAUUCUGUGAGCAGAUAUUUUCCACCUGACCUGACAUUUAAAACUUCAUAUUUCACUAGAAUCUUUAUUGCUUUUAUUUACCUAAUUUUUAGUUUAAGUCUAUAUUCGUAUCUCUCUUUCUUUAUCAUUCAUAAAUAUAUUGAUAUAUAAUUCAAGUAAAAAUAUGUGUAAUUUCAUAUACAGUACAGACCAAAGGUUUGGACACAC